GACCCAUAAACAUGUCUUGUGAGAGGACAGGCCUCUCGGAGCUGCGAUCAGAGCUCUACUUCCUCAUCGCCCAGUUCCUGGAAGAUGGACCCUGUCAGCCGGAGGCCCAGGUGCUGAUCCGGGAGGUGGCCCGAGAAGGAGCUGCUGCUCCACCACACCGACUGGGCCGGGAAGGAGCAUCCCAGGACCUACCAGAAUCUGGCUUAUUCCCACACAUCCUUUUGGUCUCAUCUUUUGUACUGCUUCGUCUGCAAAGCAUUCCUGGACUUCCCAAGUCUGGCUCAGAUACUCCUGGGCAGAGUUCCCAACACCUCAUGUGCUGAGAGCCAGACUCCAGAAUGUGGUGCCCAUCCCAAAGUAUUGCUACUCGUGGUCUCCUGGCUAGAACACUGUCCAGCGACUAGGAUGGCCCUGUUACCUCAUUACUCUCUCAUAUCAUCAUCCUGAUCCACAAUUCCACUAACUGGUGAGUUAAAAACUUUUGUCUGUGAGUGCUUGUAUCUUCCUAGCCUUAACUCUUUUUUUUUUUGUUUUUGUGAGGAAGAUGAGUCCUGAGCUAACAUCCGAUGCUGAUCCUCCUCUUUUUUGCCGAGGAACAUUGGCCCUGAGCUAACAUCUGUGCCCAUCUUCCUCUACUUUAUAUGGGACGCCACCACAGCAUGGCAUGACAAGCAGUGCCUCGAUGUGCGCCUGGGAUCGGAACCUGCGAACCCUGGACCACGAAAGCGGAGCGCAUUCACUUAACCACUUGCAUCACCAAGCCGGCCCCCCCUAGCCUUAACUCUUUAUUGACUGAUGGAAUCACAGAAUUUGAGGUAUUCUCACCCAUGCACCAUAUAGUAUUGAAGUACAUGGAUUGAACAAAAUGGUUGGAAAACCUCUACGUGGGACCCCAGGAUAUGCAAAAGUAAAUACUAAUAUUAAUAAUUUAAUAAUAAUAGCUAUCAUUUAAUGACUGUUUACUAUAUGACAGGCACUGGGCUAAGGAAACAAAUGUAACUUAGCACUUUUAAUCCUCAGAACUGCCGUCUGAGUUAAGUACCUUCCACAGAGGGAGAAGAGUGUGCAAUGUUAAGAACUAGCUCCAAUUGUUAGCUGUGUGACCUCAAGCAAAGUAUUCCUCAGCUAUAAAAUGGGGAUAAGGUACUAUAUGCCUUGUAAAUUUUGUGUGUGUGAAGAUUAAAUGAGACAGUGGUUGUAAACUGGUAUUAAACAUUUGUUUAAUGUUAGCUUUUAGAGUUACUGUUGUAAGCUUUAAAUGUGCAUUACUUAAUAGAGGUCUGAUGAAUAUUUAGUUUCAUUUUCUUUUUGUUUUCCCAUGUUUUUAUAUCAUUCUUUAAUGAACCUGGGAAGUUUCUGGCUUGAUGUAUGCCUACUUACAAUUUACCAGAAAAGGAGCCUUGUGUAUGCUUCCAACAGUUCCCCAACCCAUAAAGCCAAAAGGAAAUAUAAACAAUCCAGUUGAAAGAAAUGUGUGAGCUGAUAAGACUGUUUACAGCACAGUGUGAAAAGGAGUGAAAGCAUCUUGCUGUUUUCCCUUUAAUGCUUGUUUGGGGCAUAUAUAUAUAUCUUAAUAGAGUCAAACACACUACAUAGUAAAUUUUUUUAGGCUUAAAAAAUUUAAUAGCCUGUCUAAAUUAUCCCAUUUUAUUUAAAAUAAAUUCAUUAUCAUUUUAAAUAUUGACUGAUAGUCCAUCAGAAUUCUCUUAUUGACAGUUAUUGUCAAUUUCGUUAAACCCAGAAAUAAAUUGUUUUGUUAAGACACCUUUAUCCAAAUUUUAGAUUAUUGAGGAUAUGACUCCGUUGCAUUUUUUCUCCUUUAUGGAGAUGAUUAUGUGGGGUUUUUUUUUUCCUCUUUUGUCUUAUUACUAUGGUGAAUUUUAUUAAAAGAUUUGCUCAUACUGGACUAUCUUUGCAUUUCUAGUAUUUCUCACUUUGUCAUAUUCUAUUAUUAUUUUCAUGUGGUAUUGGGUGCUGUUAAAAGAAAACUUCCCACAGACAAUUUACUGAUCUAGCAAUUCAUGAAUCCAGUGGCAUCCAAUCUAGCAGAUAGAAAGGCGCUCCAAAGAGGUGUACAAGGCAAGAGAUUUUUAUAGACCAAAGUGAGCAGGAACAGGGAGGCCGUACUGGGCAUUUGCCAGGUGGUUAAAGCAAGGUUGCUUUCCUUAUAUGAAGCAAAGGGAAGUCUUAGAGCCGGGUCUGGUAACUUGUGCUGAGCAGGCAAAUGCUGAUUGGUUGACCUAGGCCUCUUUUUCUGGGAGAGCCAUGCAUAGAAACUUAGUUAAAUUUUAGUUCACUGACAUGGGGCUUAGCAUGAGCAACUCCAUCUUGGGCCUAAUCUGGUUACUUUAACAGUGCCAUUGCAUCAAUAUUCAUAAGUGAGAUUGGUCUAUAGUUUCCCUUUUAGAGAUGAUUUAGUCAAUUUGUGUUUUUGGAUUUUUUAAUGAAAUAGCUCUGUCAGUUUUGAUCUGUCUUAGAACUCAGACUUGAAUCUAGUAUGGCCUCAGAUGAAUGAACUGGCUGAAUGACAGACCCUAUCCUAUGAUAGGUGGGGAAAAUGUACUUCAGUGAAAAACUAUGGGCCGGCCCUGUGGCUUAGUGGUUAAGUGCGCACGCUCUGGUGCUGGCAGCCCCGGUUCGGAUCCUGGGCGCGCACCGACGCACUGCUUCUCCGGCCAUGCUGAGGCCACAUCCCACGUACAGCAACUAGAAGGAUGUGCAGCUAUGACAUACAACUAUCUACUGGGGCUUUGGGGUGAAAAUAAAUAAAUAAAUAAAUAAAUAAAUAAAUAAAUAAAUAAAUAAGAAAAACUAUGCAUUGCUGAGAUCAUACUCCUCCAGUCUCAUCUUUCAUUGUUUUCUAGUCUUUCAUUGUUUUUGAGCUACUUUGGAAGACAACUGAUAGCAAUGCAAAAUACUGAUUGUCUCUAGACGUGUGUAUUUUGCCCCAUUCAGUUGACAUCCCUCCUCCUGUUACUUCUUGCCCGAUGCGCAUAAAGAGCCCAUUAUUACGGCAUCAGCUUUUGGGAAAAGGAAACAGCUUUAUAGCAGGAUCAAUCUGCAAGGAGACAAGAGGCAUAUGCUCUCAGAUCUGGCUCCCUGAUCCAGGGAUUGGGGCAAAAUUUAUGGGAUGAAGGGCAGGGUGGUCUGAAGUGUGGAAAUAGAUGAUUGGAGAUAAGGAGAAGUGAGGUAAUUAAUGAUCUCCACAAGCGUAGUCAAGCUUCAUGCCUCUUCAUAGGACACAUUCACAAAACGGUGGUGUUUGUAUGAUCCGAGAGUGGAGUUUUCAGCCCCUUGACAUCAAAAAGGUCACUUAUAGAGCAUUUGCACAGUCCCAGUUGAUAGGUUGGUAGUCUGAACUGGCCUGAACUGGACAAGAGGGGACUCGCAGUUCCUGAAAGACGACUCUUAGUUACUCUGUUGAUAGUUGAACUGGUCCUAGUAGGCCCACGGUUACACUCUCUGAAGGCCAGUUUUAUCUACUUUUGCACAUUCAUUUUAAUAUUCUUGAUCUUAUUUUAGAUGUUCCCUAGUACUGAUUGUAACACCUCCCUAAUUUCCUCACUAACCAGUUAAAUAAAAUCUUUAACA